AUAACCUAAACCCUCUCUCUCUCUCUCUCUCUCUCUCUCUCUCUCUCUCUCUCUCUGUGAUGGGUCUAAGUACAUAUUUCAUAUUGGCAGCCUUAAUUUUUAAGGCCGUCGUGGUGGGUGCUGCAUCUGCAUCCACGGACGGCUUCGAAAAUCGUGUCCGCCAUGAAUGUGGGUAUACGAUGUACCCUGCCCUCUGUGUGGACACUCUAUUGGAGUCCUCAGGACAUAGGGAUGUCGUCGACAACAAUUUCAUCAUUUCCGCUCUUGUGAACAAGACCAUUCUCGAGACAAGACUCCCCAGCUCCUACUUCUCGGGAUUCAUUAGUCGCUCAUUAGCUCGAAAUGAUGCUUCCCUCCAACGUGUUAAGUCUGUCUCAGACCACUGUGUGGAACUCCUGAGUAUGGCUGUCAUGCGGCUCGAGCAGUCGUCGCAAGCUCUCACGAGCUUCCCUACCAGAAAUAAGCAAGACAUACAAACAUGGAUCAGCGCUGCUCUGACUCUCCAGCAGACCUGCAAGGACUUUUCCAUCCCGGCUUCCGCAGCAGAUGGCCGCCUUGGCCCCGGCAGCUUCGGGUCCCAGCUGGCUCAGAAGAUGGAUUACUUGUCUCAGCUGUCAAGCAAUGCGCUUGCUCUUAUCAAUAGACAAAGUAGUGCGACAUCACACGGUUUUGGUGGGAGUAAAAGCCGUGGCGGUUUACCCGGCUGGGUGUUCAGAAGGGAAAGGAAGUUGCUCCAGAGCACGGUCGUAAAGGCAAAUGCCGUAGUCGCAAAGGAUGGUUCAGGCAAUUACAAGACAGUUUCAGAGGCUAUAGCGGCAGCAUCCGGGGGCCGGUUCGUGAUCUACGUUAAGUCGGGGGUUUACAAGGAAAAGAUUCGAAUUACCAAGGAUGGGAUUACACUGAUAGGAGAUGGGAAGUACUCUACCAUCAUCGAGGGCGAUGACAGUGUUGCUGAGGGCAAUUCUCUCAGCGGCUCUGCUACCAUAGCAAUCAACGGAGAUGGGUUCAUUGCAAAGGAUAUUGGGUUCCACAACAAUGCGGGCCCCGAUAGGGGACGGGCUGUUGCCCUAACCUUGGCCUCGGAUCGGUCCGUGCUAUACCGGUGUAGCAUUGCGGGCUAUCAAGACACUCUGUAUGCACUCAUCCUCCGCCAAUUUUAUCGGGAGUGCGACAUCUCCGGUACAGUAGACUUCAUAUUCGGUAAUGCAGCGGCCGUGUUCCAAAACUGUGACCUGAUCCUCCGCCAGCCUGGGAGCAAGAGCUCUUACAAUGUUAUCCUGGCCAAUGGGCGAACUAACCCCGAUCAGAACUCUGGGUUCUCGAUCCAAAGCUGCAGGAUCCGGGGCUCCUCGGGAUCUGUCCGAUCGUACCUAGGGAGACCUUGGAAGCCGUACUCGCGAGCAGUGGUGAUGCAGUCCACAAUCGAUGCGUCGGUGGAACCGAGGGGUUGGAUUGAGUGGCCAGGGUAUGGGAGCUCGGUGCUGAGGACCCUUUACUUUGCGGAGUAUGCCAACGAAGGGCCUGGAGCUGGGACUGCUGGGAGGGUCAAAUGGGGCGGGUUCCAUGUUAUUGGGGCUGAGGAGGCUGUUAAGUUCACCGUCGGGAGCUUCAUUGCCGGCACUUCUUGGUUGCCGUCAACCGGGGUAACCUUUAUCUCCGGCCUCCACUAGCUACCAAUUAAUUAGUAUUCUCAUCAUGUGAUAAAUCAAAUUAAUUAGGAGUAAUUUGCUUUAUUUGCAUGUGAUAAAUCCAGGAGUUGAUCGCUGUAUUAUAAUUUGCGUGGUCUCUCGUCACAAAAAUAUAGAAAUAUAAUUUCUUAUGCUAUAACUUGAAUUUGUGACAAUAUAUAGAAGGCUCCAACUCUACUCAGAAAUUUUUCGGGGCUACCGAAAUGAAUGAAGUGGAUUGCGCAACGUCACUCA